GAUAUGAAAAAAAUAUUCAAACUGGCUGCAAACUUUUCAAGAAAAUUGAAAGAAAUAGUUGAGGGUGUGAAAGCAGGAGUCCAACUCUUCAAGGAUAUAAUAUCUGGAAAACUGAAUCUGAAGGAUAUUAUUGCAGACUUCAUUGAUGCUAUUACUCACUUACCUGAAAAGGUAUUGGGAUUGAGAAGGAUAGCUUCCACAGCUUGGAAGAAAAUUGGACAGUUUGAUCCAAAGGAUUUGCCCCAGGAAUUUCAACCAGUCAUCAAUUUUAUUCGUAAAGUUACAAAACUUUUCAAUGAUAUUAAGACAGAUGUGAUGGGGUUUGUUUAUGAAGUGGAACAAGCUAUAAAAGUGGUGAUUCCCCAACAAGCCACAGCAAUAUAUCAUGGAAUUAAAGAUAUAAUUAAUGGCUUUUCUAUUAUAUUAAAAAAUCCAAAAGAGGCUAUUAUGGAUGAAAAACCUUACUGGUUCAAUGUACAUGAUUUGUGGAUUGAAUAUUCAGCUAUGGCCAACAGUGCCUUCAAAGGUUUGAAUGCUAGUGGACAGAAGUGGGUAAAUGAAAGCAUCAAUGAAGGGGAAGAUGAAAUUAUGAAAUUCUCUAAAGGCAAAAGUUCUUAUAAAAAAAUUAGAAAGGAAAUUGUGGACAAUUUCAUUACCAUAAAGAAAGAAUUGAUUGACCCAUUUAAGGAUUUAGUAGGCUUGGCAGAUGCUUUUGUAAAUACAUAUGGCAAAGUAUUCAAACUCAUCAAGUCGAUUAAAGAUGCUUACAAUAUUCUCAAAGAAGGAUAUGAAACUGCAAGAGGAAUAAUUGAUGCUCUGUUUGGCACACGAGCCCACAAACUAUUUCCAGUAGAUCGAAGAGAAGUAGGUGAUGGAUGCAGUGGAAAUGGACAGUAUCCGUCUAGUCUGGGAAGUGGUCAUACAGAAUACAGACAUGAUGGAAUUGAUCUACUUAUUGAAAUGGGAGCAGAAAUAGUGGCCCCAUUUGCUGGAGAAAUAACUAUAGAUCCAGAGGAUUCAAGUACUGUGAUAAUAAAAAUAAGCAGAGGAUCACUAAAUGGAACUGCAGUAAUGAUUACUAAUAUUGACCCAAGCUCCGAGAUAGUGGAUGAAGAGUCAAAAUGGAAACUCUUUAAUGUUUUAGGUUGA